CCUAAAACCCAACAGCAGCAGCACACACACAAUUUCCCCUUCACCAUGAGAGAGAGAGAGAAAGAGAGAGAGAGAGAGAGAGAGCUGUGGCAAAGGGGAAGAGGAGGAAAGCUCACCGCGUCGCACCGCAAUUACAGUCCAUGACGUCUUCGUCAUCGCCAAGGGAAGCCAGCGCCGCCAGUGUCACCGUCGCCGAGCCUCCUUGCCGUCACCACUGAAGCUGCCCUCGUCGAUUUGUCUGCAGCCGUUGGAGGCGCGAGCCAGGGAUGCCUCUGAGGGAGAGAGAAAUUGACGGAGGGUGUUGUCUGGUCCAAGUCGCCCCCGCCUUAGCAUCACUGUCAUCGUGCGCCGUUCGUCACUGGUCGCACCGCCGCCGAAGCUCCCUUCAUUAGCGUCAAUACCGAUGUGACUAGAGUAGAAGAUGGAGACCAACGAGGAGGAGCCCGACGUGCGUCAAGAAGAAGGGGAGAGGUCCGAGGCUGAGAUAGUUUCUGUUACUGCCGUCUACCUCUGUCACUACCGAACUGCUACUCUGCGGUGCUUAACUGGAACUUCUGUUACUAUUGCCAGAGAUCUGUGGUUGCCGGAAAAUACCGCUAUUGUUGCUGCCGAAGGAGGAAGAAGCCUUGCCGCUGUUCUAGUCGCCAGAGACAAUCCUGUGGCCACCGGAACCACCACCAGGGAUGCCGCUACAUGGCUUAGUCACUUCUUCUUAGUUGCGAGUUACUAUGGUUGCUGUGGAAGUGGGUUGGAGUUGAGGUUGCGGCUGCCGAGAUUACAGGCCGAGAAGAAGGGGUUUUGACGCAUUGUGUAGCUUUCGGGUUUUAAUUAUUAGAGGCAGGGGCCUUUUCAAAAAAUCACACGUCAUAAAUUGGAAUUAUUAUAUAUGGAUAUUGACGCGAGAAAAUGUACCUUUGAGUGAUUGUAUAAGUCUUAUGUAAUUGUUGAUUGUUUUGGAUGAAUAUGAAUGCUUAUUUGGCUGGGUUAUUGUUCGGUUUUGUAAAAUAGACACUUCUUGAAAUGCUGCUUUAAAGUUAAUUUGUAAAAGCUUUGAAAUCGAGUUUAUCCUGUUGGAAAUUGAUUGAGUUUGAAUUGGUGUUCUUGAAAUCUGAUAAUGAUGCACUCUUGGAAACAACUUGAUUUUGGACUGAUUUGAUUUUGAAACCAUUAAAGAGGGUUGUGGAAUGGUUUGGUUGGGACCCGGAAAGGGUGGCAGAGUCCAUAUUUUAGAGGAGGGGUUGUCGAAAUUUCUGCAAAAAUCCAAGAUUCUAUUCGAAAUGUUAUUUGGAGGGCUAUGAGUCUAAGACUUGUACUAUUUUACUUGAACUAUUUACAAAGGUGAAAAAUUGUGUUUUGAAAUGAAUUAUUGAAAAGAGAACUAUGAUUCAGUUUUGUUUCUUAAGAAAAGUAUUUUACCUUUGGGUGCAAGACAUUUAGAAGGAGCUCGUGUCUUAAGCUAUUUUAAAGGUGAAAAAGUUUAUGCCUUUGAAAUUAAUUUGACGAGUUCAAUUGGAGAAAUUUCAGUGGUUUUGAAAGAAUUUGAAUCUUGAUUGAUAAACCUUAUUUUUACGACGUUUUGGGAAAAGUUUAAGGAAUCCUUAAAAGUUCUGGUUUAGAAAAAACUAAAGAUAUUUCCGAGCCGUUGGAAACGUUUCAGAUUUUUAGCAUGGGAUCGAAAUUAGUUUUAAUUUAAGUAAAAGAAAAGAUUUUGAAAAUGUGGUUGGAGUAACUGAUUACACGACUUGGUUUGGCUUAAAUUCUAUUCUUAUUUUUAUUUAUUCAAAUCAAGAAAAUUAAGGUUUUACAGAUUUUAAACGAAUUUGAGGAAAUGAAUUAUGUUAUUCUCCCCUAAAGACUUGAGACUCUGUCGAGAAACUUUUGUUACAAAAUCCUGUUUUUGGAUGGAUGAUUUUGAAUAUUUCAGAAGAGACCUUUAAUUUGCCAUGGUUUUGGAAGUUUUGGAAAGGGGAUGCUGAGGGUGGCUUUGUUUUGAACAGGGAACCUACUUUGAGUAAAAGUGGCUUAUGAGCCUAAAUGAUUUGAGGAAUGAAAAUUUUAAAGCCAGGGCCGAAAAGAAUUGAUUUUUGAUUUCAAAAUAAAGUGAAUUGAGAAAAAGUGAUUUAUGGCUUGAAUGAUGGUUUUAUGAGUUUGAUGAUGUUGAAUGGUGGAAGUGCUAUCAUGUUAUGAGCUGGAAUGGCUGUAUAUGAUAAUGAAUUAUGAUUGAUUGUGGAAUAUGUUAUGAGCCGGAAUGGCUGUAUAUGAUAAUGAAUUAUGGCUGAUUAUGGAAUAUGUUAUGAGCUAGAUGAUUGAGUAUGAAUAUGGAGGAUUAUUGAAGUUGAUAAGGUGAUUAUUGCACUUCCAAUUAUCUGAGAUACGAGUUUUCCUGGGUAGGAGUAGUGGCUAGCCACCACGUGCUCCAGGUUGAGACUCGAUACUCUGCUGACCCUAUAUCGUAAGUGUGGCCGGACACUGUGAAAGUUCCGGAUGAGCUCGCCCCCGUGGAUAAAUACCAGUGUGGGUGUUGUGUGAUUGUGAUUAUGAUUGUGAAUAACUCGAGUUGGUGAUGCAUGACAGAGGGACAGGACAAUGGUUAGCUACCAGGACUUGGUCAGGUUGGCUUUAUAACCAACAAAUGAGACUCAUCAGCCACUAGGACAGGCAUUCAUCAUAUGAAUCUAUGUGACAUUGUUUGGGUGUGCAUAUUGUGCUUGGUUUGCCUAUGUGAUUAAUUGUGUCUAACUGUUAAUUGUUUUACUUGAUAUAACUGCUUGUUUGUGCUUGAGCUUUUCUACUUAUGUUUGCAAUUGAAACUCUGUUGGAUUGUGGUGAAUUGGCUGCUGUUUGGAUUGUUUGGGCAUAGGGUCGUGGUUGAUUAUGAGAUGGGCCGAAGGUUGUGUUUGGUUUUGUGUUUCUGGUUUAGAAAAGUAUGAAAAACUAAGCUGGUUCAGCAUAGACUUAAUGAACCUAUGCUUGGAACAGGUUGGUCAUUCAUACUUUGUAGGAAAAACUUUCAAAAAGGCUUUUGGUUUAUUUAAUUGAGGAAUUAAUCGCUUUCUCUUUCAGAGACAAUUUUAGAUUUUGAAAUUAAACCUUUGGUUUUGGAAAGAUGCAUAAGACGGAUAUUAAUCAUUGUAACGGUUUUACCUUCACGUAUCCUAUUAUAGUAAUUCUCAAAAAUCCUCUACUGAGAACCCUUUCGAGGAUGAUGUUCUCACCCCCCUCCCCCUACAAAUUUCCUG